AUGGCUCAACUGCGACCAGAAGAUAUAGUGCAGUUUUAUAAAGAAUCUGAGCCAGAUGCGAAAGGUAAUCAGUUAUUCAAAUGUGAAUACUGUAGACAAGAGUCAAAGCCUGAUUUUAUCGUCGAUUAUAUUAGAAUGAUACGUCAUUUAUACGAGGAGCAUAAUAAAUCAGAAAUAAUGGAAGAUCCAAAAUAUGAAUCUGUAAAAAUGAGUUUUAAUCUUUCUCGCGAAUAUCAAUACAAAACUGACAGUGGGAUAUGUCUUGAGUCAAAUUGUGGCGUGACAGUUAAAAGUAAAUUUGGUAGAGCAUUACCAUUUAAAAACCAUUCGAUAACGCAUCACGCAGAUGACAAAAAAAAUUUUUUUGCAAAAGCAGUAGGAAUUGUUUCUGGACAAAAAAUACUAAAUAAUUACGAAAUAAUGGAUAUCGAAAAUGCGACCUGCAUAUUUUGUCAGACGUCGUUACCCUUGAAAGAUUUGGACUUGCACCCAGCUAAAGUACUCGAGGACUUAAGCAGACACUUGAUCCCACAUGUUGACGAGGCUCCGGAAAUACUAGACAAUGAAGUACCACUCCUAGAGGAAGCACUCAUACAAAUUGAGCUAGACGAAGAGGAAAAAAUACAUCUAGAAGUGAAAGAUAAAAAAAAAAAAAAAAUUUUUGGUUUGCAAAGCAUUGAUGAAGAAGUCGUAAUGGAAGAGACUUUAAGAACUAUAGAACCGGAAGUUUCUCCAGAAGAUCUUAAUACGCUACUGCAACAAUACAAUUCUAAAAUUAUAGCAAUUAAACACGAAGAAGCGUCAAUUACGAUCAAAAUUAGACACAUGCAUACUUUAAUGGAGAGAGAUGAAAAAGAUAAUCAAAGAAAAAUUCUAGAAAAAGUAUUGAAAAAUUUAAGGGAAAAAAGGCGAGAAGCUGCAACGCAGAUAUCACAUCAAGCGGAAAGAUCUGGACAAAGCAUUCCGAAUGAGGAUGUACCAGAGACACCAGAUUCUAGCGAAAUACGAAGCGCUAUGACGCAAAGUUCUUCGUCUGUAGAAUACAAACCUGGACAACCGAGUUUGAGUGGCGGUGAGGAUGUACCAGAGGCAUCAGUGUCCGGCGAAAUGCAAAGCACUACGACGCAAAGUCUUUUGACUGGAGAACCACUAUCAAAAUAA